AGCGGGCGGCGGAGGCGGCGGCGGGGAAGGAUCCCGGAGAGCGGAGGCCAGUGUUGGACGUUUUUCCACCAUGCUGACGACGUUUUAAAUAUCUGUCAAUUUUCUCAAACUUUCACUGAAGGAAACCUCUAAGACUUUGUACCAGAGGACUCGAGUGCAGCCACCAAUUACCAGACUUUCAGGAUGAAUCUGGAAAAACUCAGCAAGCCUGAGCUCCUGACACUGUUCAGUAUUCUUGAAGGAGAACUUGAAGCGAGGGACCUUGUUAUAGAAGCCUUAAAGGCCCAGCACAGAGAUACUUUCAUUGAAGAACGUUAUGGAAAAUACAACAUCAGUGACCCUCUAAUGGCUCUCCAGAGAGAUUUUGAAACACUGAAGGAAAAACAUGAUAGUGAGAGGCAGCCAGUGUGCACAAACCCCCUCUCCAUCCUCAAGGUGGUGAUGAAGCAAUGCAAGAACAUGCAGGAGCGCAUGCUGUCCCAGCUGGCUGCUGCCGAGAGCAGGCACCGGAAGGUGAUCCUUGACCUUGAAGAAGAACGACAGAGGCAUGCUCAGGACACCGCUGAAGGAGAUGAUGUCACCUACAUGCUGGAGAAGGAGAGGGAGAGACUGACACAGCAGUUGGAAUUUGAGAAGUCCCAAGUGAAAAAGUUUGAAAAGGAACAAAAGAAGCUGUCCAGCCAGUUGGAGGAGGAGCGUUCCCGUCACAAGCACCUCUCAUCCAUGCUGGUGCUGGAGUGCAAAAAGGCCACCAGCAAGGCCACCGAGGAAGGCCAGAAGGCCGGCGAGCUGAGCCUGAGACUGGAGAAGGAGAAGAGCCGGGUGAGUAAACUGGAGGAAGAGCUGGCAGCCGAGAGGAAGCGAGGCCUGCAGACGGAGGCCCAGGUGGAGAAGCAGCUGUCUGAGUUUGAUAUCGAGAGGGAGCAGCUGAGAGCCAAGCUGAACCGAGAGGAGAACCGGACCAGGGCCCUCAAGGAGGAGGUGGAGAGCUUGAAGAAGCUUGUGAGAGACCUAGAGGCUGCCCAGCGGCACAGUGGCACCAGCGAGCAGAGCAGAGAGCCAGGAACCACAUCCAGAGGCACAGCCACAGAGCCCCCCGUGCUAGUGUCUGUGUUCUGCCAAACAGAGAGUGUUCAGACGGAAAGAAGCCACGGGAGCAUCUUAACCAAGCUGACAGACACUGGUCUCCCAGGUCCUGCCACUCCUACUUACUCAUAUGCAAAAGCCAAUGGCCACUGUGACCCAGAAAUACAAACUACCAGGGAGUUGACCUCAGGCAGCAGCACAGGAAACCAAGGGCCUCCACGAGAGAAACCCGUGGUAUCGGCCCAGGAGAAACCAAUGGAGAAUGGUGGGUGUCCAGUAGGACCUGAGACUCCAGUCACAAUGCCAAGUCACCUCCCUUCCAGUGGCAGCUCACUGUCUCCCAGCAGCACAGCCUCCUCCUCUCUGACAUCAUCUCCCUGCUCUUCACCGGUUCUAAGCAAGCGUCUCUUGGGGUCAUCAGUCAGCAGCCCUGGCUACCAGUCUUCCUACCAAGUAGGAAUCAACCAGCGGUUCCACGCAGCUCGGCACAGAUUUCAGUCCCAAGCAGAUCAAGAUCAGCAAGCCAGUGGUCUCCAGAGCCCUCCGUCCAGGGACCUGUCUCCUACCCUUUUAGAUAACUCUGCUGCCAAGCAGCUGGCCCGACACACAGUCACCCAGGUGCUCUCCAGAUUCACUAACCAAGGGCCGAUCAAGCCAGUCUCUCCCAACAGCUCUCCCUUCGGUACAGACUACCGAAAUCUGGCCAGCACUGCCAACCCAAGAGGUGACACCAGCCAUUCACCUACUCCAGGGAAAGUGUCCAGCCCUCUGAGCCCCCUGUCUCCAGGAAUCAAGUCCCCAACCAUCCCCAGAGCCGAGAGAGGAAACCCUCCACCAAUCCCACCCAAAAAACCUGGCCUCACCCCAUCCCAAUCUGCCACCACUCCAGUGACCAAAACUCAUUCCCAGACAUCCUCCUUGACCGCCACAGAAGACCUUGCCAGCAUCUGCUCUCCCAGUGCCGUGGUGGCCAACGGCAAGGAUGUUGAGAUACUUUCGCCCACCAGCAGCUAGUCCUUAGGAGUGAGUCUCCACAGUUGACAUUCCAUCAAAUUUCGUCCAAGAGCUCAGAGUUAAACCUUGGAGUCAGAUCAUGUUAUUUAUUUUGAUAGUAGCUACAGCCAUCUGUAAAAUACAUUCGGUGUAUUUACCUUUUUGUAUUUUUUUUUUUUAUUAAGUAGAAACUGAGUCCUUUGGAUUUUUAUGACUCACCUCUUUGUACUACGCUAGAAGAGGACCUCAGACAUCUCAAGCUCAGCAGUCACCGGCGUGUUGUGAUGGAGAAAGCUAAUUGGCGGUGAGCUGCUGUCAGUUUGGGAGCUAGAAUUACUCAGCACUCACGUCAAAUUAUGCAGAAUCGGUUCAUGCAGAUUUUUAUUCCAGAUGAACAUGCUUUCAAAGUGCCUGAAAUAAGACUGCCACAUGAAUGUGAUUCUGCGGCAGAAACAAAGACAGAGCGUUUAUUGCAGAAAAUGAUAUCCUCUGAAUCUGAAUGUCAGAAGCCAACACCGCUUUUCAUCCUCUGUCUUUGAUACCAGCUUUGUUCUGAACCGAGGUUUGCACAAGUGCAGUGGACCCUUCUAAAGGGCCGUGAACUCUGUCGGGCUGAGCUUUGCACUUCAUUGAGCCCUUGAGAAACCCUCCUGAGAACUAAGUAGUUGGGGGUGCUGAUUUUCUUGUACUUUUGAAAAAUUAAGUCAUCCUCAGUUUCCUGUAUGAAUUCUUGAACAAAGUAUCUCCAUUCCAAACCACCUUCAAGCACCGACUGUUGGGAACUUCUGGUUCUGGUUGCUUUUACUUGAAUAGGAAACGACAUAAUGAGCUCUUUAUUCUAUAAGCAAAAAGCAAUAACUUAAAAGUCACUCUUUGUAAUAUUGUAAGUGAGAAUUAUAUAGGUUUUACCAAAUUGUUACAUUUAUUCUCCAUGCUGCCAGCACUUGUAUCUGUGGAACCAAAUUAACUCUUGCUCAAAUGGAAGUAUACAUAUAUCUGUACAGAUACAUGCCCCUUUAUGUGUUCGACAUUCACACACUUAAGCACAUAAAUAUUAGUGUGAUUGUAUCUGCGGAGUUUGCAGUAUAGCAUAAAGGACAAGUAGAAUCGCAUGUUAAGAUUACCUACCAAAGCAACUACAUGUGGCUUGGAGCCAGUCCACAGAGGAAUCCAUUUCACCAGGAAGUGGAGCAAUCCCAAAUGAAGCCCAAAUCCUCAGCAUCGUAGAAAGAAAGGCACAACUAAGCUAACCCUGGUGCCACAGAACUCAGCUGCUCAUGUGAGUGAGACUGCACACUCCUUCAAGUGCUGCCCACUAGUUUGCAGUAGAGAGAGGUGUAAAACCACAGUGUCACAGCCCAUGUGACAGAGCCAUCCCUUUAAGCCCCAGUUGCUACCAUGCAAAAAUUCCAGACCAAGGUUACCACUUCUCCAGACUUUCAUAUAAUUCAAAUUUCCACAAGAAAAUUCUCAUUCAAAAUAUUUGCAUUUUUAAAACACUAGGAACUGAUUCAAAAUGCUUUUAAACACUGCUGAUUAGACAAACAUGGCUGUCACUGACUAUAGCUUGUAAGCUACCAAGCUGCAACCCCUCACCCUAGAACUUCUGCUCUUUCCCCAUAGUGACUUUGUAUAGAAGCCUCCAGGCUUCUCCGCUGUGCCAGCUGCAGCUGGCCAAAUCCCCAGAACAGAACAGCCUCCCUCUUGGCAAGCAGAACUCUGAGACAGGCCAGCUCAGGACACUGGCUGUACAGUUUUGUAUCCAGAGUGGGCGGGAGGAAGGCUUUGGUGUCUUUACAUAUAUUCUGCAAGCCAGCAUCUAUCCAGAAGCCCCUGACCUGUUGGAACCUUUUACUGGAAAGGGCACUAGGUGGUAUAGGGAACUCUUGAUUGUGUGUUUGAAAAGCCAAAGGAUUCAGUGGACCCAUCCCAGUUAGUUAAUGCACAAGGAGUUAGACGUUGGUUUUCUUGAGAAGCAUAGAGCUGGAAAAAAAGUCUUCCCAAAAAUUUAGUUGUUAAUAAACUUAUUAUAUUUUUAUUAACCCAUUGAGUCAGUGGGCAAGAGGCAGGUGAUGAAAAUUGGUGGGCAGAUCAAUAACUGAGUACACCGUUGACUCUACAGCUUAUCUUCUAAAGGAUUAUGGUAAAUGCAUGACAAGUAUUGCUGAUGUCCCAGGGUGUCUGCCAAAAACAAUGGAGGCAUGUAAAACUCCCCAAAGCGGUCCAGCAUUGAAUUUAUUCCUAUUGCGGAGCCAAAACGGAGCAGUGACGGUCAGACGCUGACCCUUCUAAUCAGGAGAGACUCCAGUGCCAGCACGUUCUUACCUCGUUUGCUUUAAAUGGUAAUCUUAAAAGUUGCAUUGUGCUCUUCCUCUGUUUGGAGAUAGAGAUGUAUAGAGAGAGAAAUGCUAUAAGGAAGUUUAUUUCUUAGGAGGUGCACUGAACAAUAUUUCUUUUACAGUGUAAUUUGGGGGUGGGGAUAUGCAAAAGAAAUGUGUAUUUUUGCUAGUUGCCUAUCUUCUGAGAUAAUAAGCACAAUCCUGAAAUGGAUCCAAUAAUUCAGUUAGAUAUUAUAGAUUAGUAUUUAAGUUUGCAGUAGAUUGUGUGUGCGUGCAUGCGUGCGUGCGUGUGUGUGUGUGUGUGUGUGUGUGUGUGUGUGUGUGUGUUAAGUAAAAGUUCCAUGAUUCUCAAUUUGGGUAUUAACCCAUGUCAAAAAAGCUGAUAUUGGUCAACAGAUUCUAAUGAUGUGCAAGGUGUAACACAUGCAUUAACUAGUUAUUAACAUUUGUAAAGCCAAAUGUACCAUGCAGAAGUCUUCAUUUUUAUAGCAGACUACAUUAAAACAAAUUAAAUCAUA